CAUAAUACAUAUUUUUGUCAUUUAAAAGAAAAGUAUUGAACUCAAUUUAUUCCAGUUGUAUAAUUAUCAGUCUUUGAAUUUUGUAAUUACCAAAAAAGUUUAUAUUUUCGGUGAUAUCAGGGCGUGCAAAAAAUUUAAUAUGAGCACUACUACGAUACCAUCAACAGAUGAAGAGAGAAGUCGUCGGAAUACUUUCUGCUGCUGUUCUCUUGAUUCUGCUGCUAUAUUUUCCCCACUUUAUGGAAUUAUUUCAACUCUGUUGUUACCUUUAACGGUACAAGUAAUUGGUGGUCAAUAUGGUACGUUGGUACUCUCAGGCCGCAAAUCUUCUCAAGAAUUACUGACUUUGACAGAUAUGCCCGUCGCACUUGAAGUGUUUUUGAUAAGUCUGCUCUUUAUUGGGCAUUUAAUAGGUUUUAUUAGUGUGAUCAAGAAAUGGAUGGUAGGCUUAGUAUUUUAUUUUUUUUUCCGUGUCGGCGAAUUAUAUCUAUGUUUUUUUUGGUUUGCCAGUGUUGGCAACGAAUUUAUCAAGUCUCAUCUUAUGUCACAAUAUUCAUUAGGAUGGUAUUGCAUCUUUGCUCUCGUCAUGGAAUUCAUCUGUAUUAGCUCAGUAUUGUUGUUUUGCUGUGAAUCUUUACACGGUGAAAACAAGAAAUCCGAUGAGGAAUCACCAAGUACCAUGAUUGGUUAG